AUGACUUUGACGGCAUUGGAAGAUGUCACCAGACUAAGUAGCAGAGUGAUCCGUGUUCUGGCUCAAAAUCCAGGAGUAGGUCCUCUACAAGGAACAAACACUUACGUCAUUGGAACUGGAUCCAGAAGACUUCUGGUGGACACAGGUGACAAUCCAGACCAGAAUACGUCUGCUAAUGUGAAAAAGUACCAUGAACUGCUCCAGAAGGAGCUGGGGGCAUGCAAUGCUAAGAUAGACAAGAUCCUGCUGACUCAUUGGCACCCAGAUCAUACUGGGGGAGUAGAGGCCAUUCUGCAGAGCAAACAUGAUCUAGUCUGUCCAGGGCGAAACCUCAUCACUGUCUCAGCGGGCGUGGAAGUAAUGAAGUUCAAUUGCAGGAGGGGGGAGGAUGAGCAGCUGCCAUUCACUAACAAGUACACUUCAACACUUCAAGACAAGCAAACUGUGCUGACAGAAGGAGCCACUCUAACAGUACUGUACACGCCUGGACACGCUACAGAUCAUGCCAGCCUCUUGCUAGAGGAAGAGUCAGUCUUGUUCAGUGGGGACUGUAUUCUUGGAGAAACGAGUGCUAUCGUAGAAGAUCUUGCCAGCUACAUGCAGACUUUGCAGUCGUACCUGGAUUUGGACAAACCGGUCAAAAAAAUAUUUCCGGGCCAUGGCCCAGUGGUGGAAGACGGAGCCGCCAAGAUUAAAGAGUACAUCAACCACCGAAUGAAGAGAGAACACCAUAUAGUUGAUUGUCUAAAAACUGGACCAAAAACUUUAGAAGAGAUCUUAGAAACAGUCUAUGUUGGUCUUGAUCAAAAGCUCAAACUUUUAGCUUUAAAAAACAUUGAAGUACAUCUUCAAAAAUUAGUAAAUGAACAUGUAGUCAUAUCAGAAUCAGAUAAUAAUUUGUACCGUAUUGUGUAAAUUUACGGAUGAUGUAUUCAGUUGUUAAACAUAU